UGCCUGAUUGGGUGCUUCUAUCAUUCUUCUCUUCCAACCUAACUGACGAACCAGCCUUUCAGUAAUGUGGUUCUGCACCUAACAAUAAAGCGGCUAGGAGAAAUUAAAGUGGGUCAAAAGUCAAAACUCGGAAGCCAGAAAAUGGUGAUGUGGGUAUUCGGGUAUGGUUCUCUGAUUUGGAAAGCUGGCUUUCCAUUUGAUGAAAGCGUCGUGUGUUUCAUCAGAGGCUAUCGACGUGUCUUCCAUCAAGGCAGUACUGACCACAGGGGGACCCCUGAAUACCCGGGAAGAACAGUAACCAUCGAGCCUGCCGAAGGAGAAGUGUGCUGGGGAGUUGCUUACAAGAUCUCAAAGAAGGAAGAUCAAGAAAUUGCUUUUACGAGACUGCAUUAUGCUUGCCAAGCAAGGUAUCUUGAGGUGAGGGAGAAGCAGUAUGACAAAAAGGCCUACCUCGAUGUUUUCACUGAGCUUACAGCUACAGUUCCAGCCAUUUCUGGAGUGAUGGUAUACAUAGCAUCUCCAGACAAGAGCGUCAACAAAAAUUACUUGGGCCCUGCAUCUGUUGAAGAGAUAGCGAGGCAAAUAACUCGGGCAGAAGGUCCGUCAGGACCCAACAGAGAUUAUCUUUUCCAACUUGAGAAAGCUCUUCUUCAAAUAGGAUGCCAAGACAAACACGUCAUGGAUCUUGCAAAUGAAGUUAGGCGUAUUCUUUCAGAAGAGAACUGAAUGUUGCAGGCUGUUUUUGGCACCCAAUGUGUGGACCUAAAUCCUCAAAAUGGAGCAAUCCUGUAUUGAACUACAUUCUAAACUUGUAUUGUUUCUAGACACUGGUAGAAGAUUUAUAUCCAUGUUGAGGUCAUGCCUCUAUAAUCUUUCAGAUUAACAAUGGCACCAUCGCAAUGCAUACGUCACUGAUUGAUCAAUUACGUCACAA